AAUAAAUCGUCAGCUGUCAAUUUCAGCAUAGUGAUACACUUGAUAUUAGACAUGGCUGUCAAAAGAGCUAUCAUGGCGAACUCUGCAAGUGAUCAGGGAGACAGGAUUGUCAUAUUUCAUGUCAACUGACACGUUAUUUGUUUUGAAGAUCUGCGGCAGCGAUAGCUGUCACAACUUAGGUCUGUCAUUUUUCCGUCCCACAGUGGCUAAGUUGGAUUCUCUGGCAGAGGCAACUUUACAAGGCGAGCAAGGGAAGGACUUGUUCCGACUCUGCAUAAAACGUCUCUGUUGAUCGGCCUUGUUACGUAGUGGUGUCGUACAAAGAAGAUGGUUGGUGCGGCCCUGUGCUCGAAGAGAAUUACUGAGUACUGCUUCAUAUACAGUCACGCCUGCAGUCGAGUUUCUCCCUGUGGGGCUGUUCUCGCUUCUUACCAUUUUCUGGCACUCGACAUUCUUCGUGAAUUCCCAUCUCAAGGCUAGGGGGCAAACAUCAUGCCAAGGGGUGGCAACAUCCCAGGAGACAGCAAUGCUCCCCAAGUUCAGAUUCCAUGCAUCGUGUUUUUUGGUAUUACACCGAUUUUCGUAGCUAUCAGAGUAUGGUCUCGGAUACAGAUGCGAGCUGGCCUGAAAUACGAUGACUGGACCAUUAUUGUCUCUUUCCUCUUCUCCAUGACAGUCUCGAUCCUGAUUAUGGUUUCUUGUCACUAUGGGUUCGGCCAGCAUAUUAAGAAUCUGACUCCAGCCAAUAGAAAAAUCACUCUGAUGACUUUCUGGAUAGCUCAAGGCUUCUACAAACUUACCAUAAACCUGACGAAAUCCUCCAUCCUGCUCCUAUAUCUCCGCAUCUUUGUGCAGAGACCAUUCCGCAUCAUUUGCUACGCCAUGCUAGGGCUUGUUCUAAGUUACAUGAUCGCUACUUGGUUCGCAACUAUCUUCCAAUGCACACCUAUACCUCGAGCAUGGGAUAAAAGUAUCCCUGGGACAUGUAUUGACAUUACGGUGAAUUGGUACGCAAAUGCAGGCUUCUCGAUUGCCACAGAUGUGAUAAUCCUGGUUCUGCCAAUGCCAAUAUUGCACAAGUCUCGGCUGCCUUCAAAUCAAAAGCGAGCCUUGAUGUUUGUGUUUGCUCUCGGAGCUUUUGUUGUCGUGACGAGCAUAUUCAGGAUGCAAACAUUAGACUUCUCAACCAAGACUCCAGAUGUGACUUACGAUAUUCUUUCUUCCCUUUGGACUAUGAUUGAGCCCAACGUCGGCAUCAUCUGUGCCUGUCUACCCAUGUGCCGUCUUCCACUCACAAUCCUCCUUCCAGCAUAUUUCCCUCCUAAGACCAUCGACGGAACAUCCUACACCUCAGAUCCUCGCUCGAACAAUGGUACCUAUGGGUACGCCGGCACAGGAAAGAAUGAAUGGAUUCCAUCCCGAGGAGGUGAGAACGAUGAUCGGGUGAUCAAUUUGGACAGCAUCUCCAGAGAUCUAGAUGAUAACACGGACGAGGAGCUUACAGAGUCCGUCCCAAAGAUACGGAGAUAAACCAGGGUGAUGCUAACAUAAUCUACAAAAGUACAAACUACAUGGCGACUGACCCUGAGGACGAUACGAAGUCGACUGGCACAACAGGUGUAACAUAAUAUAAUAUUUCAAUGUUCACAUUUAGCGGAGAUUCCUGCAGUUGCUAUUGAAUGCUGACAAGAAUGUAUAACAAAACAGCCCGCCGCUAACGUUUCAGCUGG